AAUCAUCAUCCAAAACCUGCAAAUCAGGGUGUGUUUUUUUCCAUGAUGCAGAUGAUGAGGGCUACACCCUCUAAGAUUAAAUAGACUCCCAGAACUGUGCCUUUACACUUUACUCAAGAGAUAACCACAGGUAAACUCAUCCAUCCUGCCAUUACAGAUAUGGAGGCCAAGUGGAUCGUAGCAGUUGUAUUCAUCUGCGCUGUUUGUUGUGGCACCAAAGCCGAUGUACCGAAGCCAACAUCUCUCGAUACUAACAUCACUAGCUGUGGAAGCUCUAAAGUAUGUUGGUUUAGUCCAGCGAACUGCAGUCUUACAGGAAACUCCAGCUGCUUUUUCAGUUCCUUUCAACUGAACAACCAAAAUGUGUCCAUUGAACUCAGUGGCUGGACUUCUGGAUACAUCGCACUGGGACUCUCUAGCAAUAACCAAUCACAGGCAGGUGAUGUGGUGUUUGUCUGCGGCAACAACACUAAUGGCACUUUCUUUUUUGACACUGUUACUCAAAACAGCACUGGGUGGAACUCUACUAAUGUGACUACCAUAUACACUGUUCAAGGUGCUCUAAAUCAAAACCAAACCCAAAGCCUUAUUCAGUGUGCCUUCAACAUCAGUGCCAUUCUGUACAACUCAACAAGCAACCUCAGCUUGGCUAACACAACCAUUUACGUCACCUACAUGAAUGGAAGCACAAGCGGAACAACACUGGGAAGUGCUACUACAAUAUCGAAAUUCACUGUACAAUUAAACCUGACUAACAACAACGUGAACAGUCCUAGCGGUACUAUUGUUUCCACUGUGUCAUCGCUCAACAUCACUCGCGAUGGUUGUGGCACCUCUAAGCUGUGUAUGUCAAGUUCAACUAAUUGCAGUCUCACAGGAAACUCCAGAUGCUUCUUUGCAUCAUCUAAAAUGAGCAACCAGACGUUUAUCUUUGAACUCAGUGGCACAACACCUGGCUAUGUCGCACUGGGACUCACCAAACAGAAUUCCACUUAUGUGUUUGUCUGCGGCAACGACAACAACACUGGAACUUUUUUCUUUCAAACAGCCACUCAAAAUGGCACAGUGUUGAAUUCUGCUAAUGUGACUACUGUGUACACUGUGCAGGGUGCAGUAACACAGAACCAGAGUCUUAUUCAGUGUACCUUCAAUACCAGCACCACCUUCAACGUCAGCACCAGGGCUGCUGAUAACUCUUUCCUCGUCAACAUCUUUACUGGAUUGACCAAUGGAACACAACUAGGAAAUCUAACCAAAAUGUUUGAGAGCAGCGUAGCAGACCUGUCUAAUGCUACUAGCCAAAUGACCACACAGAAUGCUACAAAUACCACAAGCGGUACUAAUGUCUCCACUGGGUCACUGCUCAACAUCACUCGCGAUGGUUGUGGCACCUCUAAGCUGUGUAUGUCAAGUUCAACUAAUUGCAGUCUCACAGGAAACUCCAGCUGCUUCUUUGCAUCAUCUAAAAUGAGCAACCAGACGUUUAUCUUUGAACUCAGUGGCACAACACCUGGCUAUGUCGCACUGGGACUCACCAAACAGAAUUCCACUUAUGUGUUUGUCUGCGGCAACGACAACAACACUGGAACUUUUUUCUUUCAAACAGCCACUCAAAAUGGCACAGUGUUGAAUUCUGCUAAUGUGACUACUGUGUACGGCUGGCAGGGUACAGUAACACAGAACCAGAGUAUUCAGUGUACCUUCAAUACCAGCACCACCUUCAAUGUCAGCACCAAAGCUGCUGAUAACGCUUACCUCAUCAGCAUCUUUACUGGAUUGACCAAUGGAACACAACUAAUAGGAAAUCUAACCAAAACUUUUGAGAGCAACACAACAUUAGACCUGUCUAGUCCCACUGGCCAACAGACCACUCCUACAACUGCGACUCCAAACAGCAGCAACUCACUAGUCAGCCUCUGGACUCAGGUGUUGGCUGUGCUUCUCAGUGCAAUGAGUCUCCACUUCAUCACUUCAUACAGUCCAUGAAGUAUAAAUGUGUGCUGAGCGUUAUAGGUGUGUGUGUGUGUGUGUGUGUGAGAAAUAUGAAGCCAGCAUUAGCUGGUUGAACAUGUGACCAUUUACAGAUAACUAAUAAACCUACUGGCACUCUGUUUUGUAAAUAUUUGACCAAUUUCUAAGCUGUAACUAAAACAUAAAAACACAUUUUAAGAAUUUAAAAAUGAAAAUAUAUUACACUCUUGUAAUCACAUGUUUUUUUCUCGUAAAACUUUAAUUAGGGAGCAAAUGUAUUGAUUGAUUAAAGUAUGUUGCUUCCUCCUUUCA